CUGCCGCCCGCGGCGCGCCGAGACCCCGGCCCGUGGCAGAGGUUAUUUUCUGUUCAAGAAAUCCCGCUCCUGGACACGCUCCCGGGCACAACGGAGCAGUAUUGCUGCGAUUCGGGGUUUUAUUCCAGCUACGAACGGCUUCAUCAGCAGUUUCUUGAUGUUUGGAAAGUUCUGAGACCCACCCUGUUGGACUACUUGUAAUCAGUGCCUAAGACUACAAAAAACAUACGUGUGAGAGAACCUUUCCUUGAACCAAGUGUCCAUCACAGUACUGUGGAAACUCCGUGCAGGCCUUGCAAGUCAGGAGAGCAGUUUGUGCUUCGUUGACACUUGUGCAUAAUCUCUGCUUCUUAUGCACUCCAGCACCCCCAUCAGUUCCUUGUUCUCCUUCACCAGCCCCGCAGUGAAAAGGCUGCUGGGCUGGAAACAAGGAGAUGAAGAAGAAAAGUGGGCAGAAAAAGCUGUUGAUUCCUUAGUGAAGAAGUUGAAGAAGAAAAAAGGAGCCAUGGAGGAGUUGGAGAGGGCUCUGAGCUGCCCGGGUCAGCCCAGUAAAUGCGUCACGAUCCCACGUUCCUUGGAUGGGCGGCUGCAGGUGUCUCAUCGCAAGGGGCUUCCCCACGUCAUAUACUGCAGAGUGUGGCGCUGGCCUGAUUUACAGUCUCACCAUGAGCUGAAACCACUGGAAUGUUGUGAGUUCCCUUUUGGCUCAAAACAGAAAGAAGUGUGCAUCAACCCCUACCAUUACCGGCGGGUGGAAACCCCAGUCCUACCUCCUGUACUCGUUCCAAGACACAGUGAGUUUAACCCUCACCUCAGCCUCCUUGCCAAGUUCCGAAACACUUCUCUGCACAGCGAGCCACUGAUGCCGCACAAUGCCACUUACCCGGAUUCUUUCCAGCAUCCUCCAUGCACCCCUUUUCCAUCAUCCCCCAGCCACAUGUUCUCCCAGUCACCCAACAGCAUCAGCUACCCCAACUCACCAGAGAGCUCUUCUGGACCAGGAAGUCCCUAUCAGCUCACGGUGGAAACUCCACCUCCACCUUACCAUGCAAGAGAGCCUCCAGGAAUCCACAAUGGACGGUCAAUGGAUGCAAUAGCUGAAAGUCAGCUAGUGCUGUCUUUGCCCAAUGGAGGUAAAUCUGCCGAUGGAGAAGCUGAAAACUUUCGGCCUGUUUGUUAUGAGGAACCCCAACACUGGUGCUCAGUUGCCUACUAUGAACUCAACAACCGGGUAGGGGAGACUUUCCAGGCCUCCUCUCGAAGUAUCCUUAUAGAUGGAUUUACAGAUCCUUCAAAUAACAAAAACAGGUUCUGCCUGGGUCUGCUCUCAAAUGUAAACCGCAAUUCUACUAUAGAAAACACCAGGAGACACAUAGGAAAAGGUGUUCAUCUUUACUACGUGGGUGGGGAAGUUUAUGCCGAAUGUGUCAGUGACAGCAGUAUUUUUGUGCAAAGCCGCAACUGCAACUACCAGCAUGGUUUCCACCCAGCCACAGUCUGCAAGAUCCCCAGUGGCUGCAGCCUCAAGAUCUUCAACAACCAGCUCUUUGCCCAGCUGCUUGCCCAGUCAGUCAAUCACGGAUUUGAAGUGGUGUAUGAGCUGACCAAGAUGUGUACUAUUCGAAUGAGCUUUGUUAAAGGCUGGGGAGCAGAGUAUCAUCGCCAAGACGUUACAAGCACGCCCUGCUGGAUUGAGAUCCACCUGCAUGGACCAUUGCAAUGGCUGGAUAAGGUGCUGACACAGAUGGGCUCACCUCACAACCCCAUCUCCUCAGUCUCUUAAGAAUCAUCUCUAGAAUUCCCUUAGAAUGGAUGCUAUUGCAGGCAGUGGCUUAUAGAAUUCCCAUGAACAGAAGCUUCUAUAUGUAGAUGUAUGUAGAUGUAAAUAUAUCUAUACAUAGUCUAUUUCUUUUUUUUUUUCUUUUUUUUUUUUCCAUUUUGUGGUUUCUAGUUACUCUGAUGCCAGUACGAUAAGUUUAGAAAUUCAGGUAUAGCAUAUCUGUUCUUUAGUACAAAAUAAGCCAAAUUCCUGCAAAAGUGUCAAACAUUUCCUGUGAGCAUCUCCAUUCCCCAGCCAAGCCAGUAAAUGGUGCAAAUUCCCAGCCCUUUCACAUGGGUUCAGAAACCUGGCUGUAGCUGUUCCUAGUAGGUGAAAUUCACCCCUCUGCAGGCAACUAAAGUCAGAUCUAUGUGCCAUUUAUAUUCAUCUUACAUUCUGAUUUCAAGUCCAGAAGAGGACCUUUAGGUGGUGCACAGGACUUAUGCAUAGAGGUGACUUUUAUCUAGCGAAACUGAAGGACUAAACUGCAAUUCCAGUCUGUCUCCCUACUGCAGAGCACAAUGGGACAACAAAUCCUCUGAAGAGCUGAGGCACACCGUCUCUCCUGGGAUUUGGCAGGAGGAGGGAGCCCUUGGGACAUGUUCAGCACAGGAACCUUAUCUCAGAGCAUUCUGGACAAUCCAAGUAGUCUGGUACAGUUAACACAUUUGGGUACGGUACUGCUGCACUGAAAAGCAACAAGCUCCUAAGAAAAUAAUAAUAAUUGAAAAUACAUGCCCAUGGGUUAAAAAAACUAAUUAACUUCCAGUGCUUUUUUUGCAAAGUACAUACAUACUUGCAUUAAGUGUCCAGCAUGUAAACUGAAUCCUAUCCAUUCUACAGUAUUGAUGUAAUUUGUUUUAAAGGUAGGACUGUCUGUAUUCAGACUGCUGUGCUCAUAUCAAAGGUACACCUAAAAGGGACUUGAACUGUGAUUCAGAAAAGGGAAAUUAAGUGUGCAUUGAAGAAGCAAAUAAUUACUUUAUCAUUCAACCUGGAAACAGAAAGCCCCACACUCAAAGGAUGCAAUGAGAAAGAGAUGGGAGUCAGCCAUAUCCAUCCCCUGUACUGGGCCAGUCCUCAGGAUCUGACUGCAUUGCUCCUGUCUGACUUCAGAGGGCUUCCCAACCAGUCCCUCCAUACAUCCCCAUGGAUGGUCUCUCUUCUUACAUAUAGUUUUUGCUUUGCCUGCAGAGGAUGGUGGGGCAGUGUAAGCCACGAACAAGUGAAGAGUGAAUCUAUGUGUAGAACCUUGUCUGUGUUCCGUCUCUAAGCAGGGAAACUUAUUGCCCGUACCCUAAUCCCAUCCUUACAAAAUGCUGUUCACUUGGAAAACCUUUCCUGAGAAGAUAGGUGAAACUCUUACUACAUUUUGAUGGUCUUUACUUUUGCUGAAAGAGUUGAGUAUUAUUUCUUUCCAGGCAUAGCAGUCCACUGAAAAUUGCUUUUAUUUAAGGGUCAGAAAGAGUGAUAACAUCUCCAGUAUCAUUCCUCCAUAGAACACAGUGGAUGUAUUAAUGGAAAAAUAAUGUUUUUCAGAAUAUUUAUUUUCUUCUCACACAACAUCUGGUGCCACACAUUUUGCUGCAUACUUAAAAGAGGACACCUGAAAUCUUCAGCUGUAUCACACAUGCAAAAGGAAAUAACAUGCACUGGAAAGACAGUGAGUAAACUAACAGUGUUACUUAUUUGACUGCAUAUUCAACUGCCUGCAGCAUUAGCACAGCAUAGAAGGAUAAAUUGUUCUUAAGUUUGAGCAGUAAUAGCAAGUUGUACAGGAAAUUUGUAAGUGUGAAGAACCCUAUUCUGUCACCAUUUGAUGUCAGCAGUGUCACUGUGAGAUAGGAAAAACUUUACAGUUUCUUGCAGCAUUGAAAUCCAAUAACAAUAAUAAUAAUAAUAAUAAUAAUAAUAAUUAGAAAUUCCAGGUCUGCCAUUUACUAUCUAGCAGACAUCAGUUAGAUCAGUUAGAUUAUCAGUUAGAGACUUCAGUUUGGAAAAAAUAAUUUUCCUCAGCUCCCUCUGUCACAAGUGAUCAGAUACUGGUAAUGUUUUUUAGCAUGUUUAUUGCCCCUCUUCUCCAGUUGUACCUUUGCUCCAGGAUGCACACUUUUUGAUUUUGCUCAUUCCUUUUUUUUUUUAGCAGCUAAGCACAGAGGAAAUCACCUCUACUGUCCAGGAUCUAGCUCUGCCCCUUAUCCUAGAUUCUUCCUUGACUUUUAGGCUUAAAUCUCCUUCCCUUUUAAUAUAGAGAGAAUUCUAGGUGUUCCUUUAAGACAUUCCCAGCAUUGCCAUCUUCCUCACAGAGAGCAAAAGAAAAUGUUCUGAGGUGCAUCUGCUUUGGGCUGCUCCAGAACUCAGUUUUCUGUUGAUGCUGCAGAGAAAAAUUGGAUGGCCAGUGAAGAGAAGCAGCUUCUUCUGGGGCAUUAUUUGUUUCAUCACAAGGUAUUUCAAGUAGGUGAAAUACACUGCACUCUGAGCAUGCUUGUGUCUUCCCACCGAAUAUAAGGAGAACUCAGGGUCACUAGCUAAAAUGCAGACUGCUUCAUUGGAUGUAUCCAAAAAUAGAUGAGGGAAACCCUAAUGAAGAUGUGGUGAUUUUCCCAGCCUAGUAAUGAUGCUUGCCCAGUAAGUGUUUGUUUGGUUUAAAUGGAAGCUGGUAAAUUCGGAGCAGUUUUUCCUUUCCUUUAAGUCUACCUUUAUGUAAUUGUUUUACAAAUAGGAUUUGGCUUCCAUGCAGUUCAUACAUGCAUCUCAUUUAACAUAGUCAACUUAAUGCUCCCUUACUAGUAAGAAAAGAGGCAUUUCUGGAGCAUGGUUCUUCAGACCCAUUUAAAACGCCUAUAUUAGGAUGAGAUGAAUUUCAGUAAAUUUAACUGUUUGCUGAAAACUGGAUCAAAGCACUCGAUUUUUGGCCAAUUCUGGCAACAGCCAUCUCAGUAUUUAGCCUUUGGGAAGGCUGAUACCACUGUGUUAGUUGUUUCCUAUUUUGGUGGUUUCUGGGGGCUUAGCCGACUGUGCUGUGCAAACAUGCAGAAGCUGACAGCUCCUCCUCAAAGCUCACAGUACAUGGGAGGAGUGGAAACAGUGGAUGAGACAAAAAAAGUAAAUAAGAUGACCCCUGCCCAGAUGCACAGAUAAAAAGUAAGGCUAAUAAAACACUAAUGUCCCUUUCUUUUUGAACAAAUUUUCUUUUACAGGCUUCUCUGAUAUAUGUGAAUUGAAAUUGGUUAAAAAUUCAGGUUUCUUAGAAUUUACAGCAAUAUAAUUUUGGAUCUCUAAUGUCUUCCCCACUUUGGAAGGAGUUAACUUCCACUGAAAGGUCUUCAGGAACCUUUAAGCCAGUAAUCAAUUUAAGGUCUUUAUAAAUGUACUACUCAUUAAUACUCAAGCUUUGGAGACAGUCUUCCUGAGAGAUUUAAAACCACUUACAGCAAGACUACUUAGUUGAAGGCAGAUUUUUUAAAUGUUUUUUUUUGAGUCAUCAACAGUUCAUAGCCUCUUAAAAGUUUCUGUUGAGGAGUAUCAUGCAUCAGCAGGCAGUGGUGGGAGUCUGAUGAGGCAGAGGAAUAAAGCACAUUCAGCAUGAUAUGUAGACCACUUAUUUUCAUAUUAAAUAGUUGAGGGAAGAUGACUUUAGUUGCUGCCAGUUCUUCAGCAGCACCAGUAUUAAUGCGCUGUUUGCAUCCAGAGGUGACAGGAGCAAAUCUCCUGACUGCCUGGAGCCAUUCCAUGGCACUGCUGCUUGGGUGGCUCAGUCCCAUCCCCUUGCCUUGGAAAAGCUGCCCAGGUAUGGCACAGCAGUGGCUGUAGCAUUGCGAGGUGCAGCACGUGCUUUCCCUCCCCAUCAGCAACUAUUCCACCAACGUCUUUACUCCUCAUCAGAAUGCUCCACCGAGCUCAGUCUGAAGGAUAAUGUAUCAGAAACAUAAAAGGGAACUGUGGCCCAAAGUAGGACCAGCUGGAGUUGAGGAAAUGCCCUCCAUGUCUCCAGCAGUUACUGUGCCACGAUUUUCACUGCCCUGAGCAGCCUUCUGCAAGCAGUCCCUGUCUGGAGCAGGGUAUCAGAUUGAUGCCAUGGUGAGAUUCCUUCCAAUAUACAUUAUCUUCUGGGUCUCUGUGGAGGUUCAGUGAUAACUGGUUGCCACAGGAAGGAGCUCUCUGUUAGCAGCAGUUUCAGGAUGAAACAUGUUUCUCCUUAGCUAUUUCAUAUUAGUGUUCCCUCAGCAUAAAAUCAGCACUCCAAACAUCUCUCACUGUAAACAUCAUCUUCACCAUACCCCUCUUAAAAUGCAGAAAACAAGGCAUUUGUGACUGUAACCUUAUCUAAUCUGCCCUUCUUCUUCCUGGUUUACAACACCCACCUUUGUCUAUCAGCUCUACAAAUCAAUCUCACCAAUGACUAAGGAGUUGCACAAACAGCUGAAUUUACAGAGGCAGCUCAGGCAGACACUUUGCUUCUUGACUGCAUGGAAACAAAAAUAAAUAAUAAAAAUAAUAAUAAAAAAGUCUGAUCAAUUUAGGAACUUUAAAGGGGUAUCAAAUACAAGACUAAUUUUCUUGGAUUAAGACUGCUCUGAUGCAACUAUAACUUUUAGGAAUACUUUAGCACUACACGGUGCUCAGCAAAGGAAAGAAACAUUACAUCCUCUAUACUAUUCACCUCUUCUCCUGGCUCCCCAUAACCUAACUUAGUACAACCAAAAUCAAACACAAGAAAAAAAGGUCAAUGAGUCAUAAGGUAGAGUAGUUAGAUACCAUUUUUCAAAGUUGAGAAGUGCUGCCCGAAAUGUAGAUUUAUAUCAUGAGAAGGCCAUGUAGCUAUAGGACAAGUGGGUAAUGGCUUUUACUGAAAGAGGGUAGUUUCAGUUAAGAUAUUAAGCAGAAAUUCUUUAUUGUGAGGGUGGGGAGACACUGGCACAGGAAAAGCUGUCCCAAAUAAGUUGCAGAUGCCCCAUCCCUGGAAAUGUUCAAGGCCAGGUUGGAUGGGGCUUUGAGUAACCUGGUCUACAGGAGGGUGGAACUUGAUGACCUUUAAAGGUCACUUCCAACCCAAACUAUUUGAUGAUGAUAAUGUCCCAGAUGCCCAGCAAGCCAGAAGCAAGACUAGCUUGCUCUGCAAAAACCUGGAGAACAGGGUGUUACUUGAACAUCUGAACCCAAGGCCUUCUGAGUGAGUGGAGACCCCACUGAAGAGGCUGAGACCAUUUUUAUAGAGAACUUACAGCUCAUGGGUGUUCCAGUAGUCAGAAAUGCACUGAGAUGGUGAAGAGACUGAGGAGGAGGAGGAGGAGGGAGUAUACAACCAGAUAAGCCCAGUGGUCAUCACUGGAGGUAUCAAGGCAGUACAUCCUCAGGCAGCCACUCUGUUCACUAGAGUGAAGAGUGUAGAGGUUUACAUUCAAAUCUGAACUAAUCAUCAAGGCCUGUCUUAGGAGCAGCUUGAAGAACCACAAUCCUUGCUGGGGUUUUUCCCAUGCACCCAGCCUGGGAGAGUGUGCCAGCUUCCUGAUUAAGCCAUUAGAUACAGUGGGGCAAAUCGUGUCCCACGUGCUCCAGAGGGUAAGCUCUGGUUGCAUUUGGAAGAUUACCCACUGCCUCGCCACAAGAUUAAUGAGGAGGUCAGCUUUGGGGCACUGUUCAAGGAUACAAUAAACAAAUCCAGCAUGGGCUCCUCAAAGAAAGAUGCAGUCUGAACAGAAACUGCGCAACUGAAAGACAUGGACUAUAUACAGAGAGAGCAUCUAACCUGGGAAUUACAACAAACCAGCUAAUUUCAAGAUAAGGUGGGAAAUUGCCGUGCUCAAAGGAAAACAAUCAGUAGGAACCUUCACGAGGACUCCAGACUAUGAAAUACACUUUUAACAGUACAUUAGGACGGACAAGUGUGCUUCCGUAAGAGCAACUAGGAGACCAAGUUACCAUGAAUAAAGAAUUUGACAGAGUUGGUCCCAUCUUACAGCAGGGAGAGAAAUUUGAUGAGACUUUAGAUUUGUGAAUAAAAAACUUCUCAACCAGGAAGGUUCAUUGCAGCCACUGAAACAGGGCUUGUUCCUCAUGGCAGCUCCAGGAGUAUCUUUCAGCAAGAUAAAGGAAGCUUGAGUGGGCAUUAAGUCUUUGUUCAGCUGAGAGAAUCACUUUGUGUCUCUAAUACAGACAGACACUUCUGCAUGUUGGGGACCAGCACAGAACACAGCCUUUGGUUUGUACCCAUCAUCUACCAUAGGAAGCUCCAGAACAGCCAGGAACAACCAGAAUCCUGUUACAUGUUCACCCCAGGGCUUUCCAGACACCUUGCUCAGGCGUGCCUUACAUUACAUUGCCAUACUGAUGCCACACUUCUCUGCCAGGGAGGGUGAGGCACACAGGACACCUCCACUUGCACCUAGCCAUGCUUGCAAACUUGGUGCCUGAACAGACGACAAAACUAAUUUGCAGGCCAUGUCUCUCUCGCAAAGUAGACAACCACUGUCCUCCAGAGUCAGCUACUCUUCCAUUACAGUCAAUGUGAACAUUUGCAGCUAAUUGUGAACACAUUUUAAAUCUUCAGUCAUAGUGUUUUUAUUAUCCAUGGAUGCUGCUAUUUUAUAUUCUGUGUUAGUAUUCAAAUAAUAUUGCAUAUGAAUAGCAUAGGGUGAAAUAGACCAACCAGUUAAUAAUUUUAAAUACAGACCUCAUCAGCAAAGAAAAGCUAGAAAAAAACUUGGUAAAAUCUGACCCCUUGCACUUUCACAGUAGUGAGCGAGCACAUCAUAGUUCAAAGUGGUUUAUUUGAUGCUGAAGUGUAUGUUGUCUUAUUCACAGUUAUGUUCAUGAGAAACUUUGCAAAUGAGAGCAAAGGAACAGACAUAAUGAUGAGCAGAGAUAAUGCGCAUUCAGAUAAUUUUUUUCACUUACUCAAGCAAUUGGAGUUUUUAAUUAUUUAUAAUACUUUAAAAGUACAAGUCAAAUGCACCACAGCCUGCUUUCUGCAGAUAAAUCAGUGUUAGCAAAUUAAACCUUCAUUUCAUAUCACCUCUGUGAUAUAAAUGGGGUUGAGAAGUGAGACAAGCAAGUGAAGAAACAGGUCUUUUUGUGUGAAUCAAUGAAGCCAUGAAGUUGCAAAGCUCUAUGCAAGGGGCUAAAAUGGUGGAUUUGAGCAAGGUGUGUUAACUGUGGGGUUCUGUUAGCUAUGACCUAUCAGUCUGGUGAGAAAAGCACUGUGAGUCAUCUGCAGAUUAACAAGAGUCACUUAUGUCUAUGAAUAAUUCUGCCCUCUGUUUUCCAUCAGAAGCAAAGCAAAACAUCUGCACUAUCCACAAGUAUUACUCACGGUUUUUGACAUUCUGUAAGCCAGCGUAGGUCGCUGUAUAAAGAACAAUACUUGGGCUCCUGCCUCUGGAGAAUGAAAAAUUGCAGACAUAGCUUCAGGAGGCUGAGAGAUCCAGGCAGCUUGGAGUCCUCCAACCAGCCCCAGAGUACUGUAUUCCACGCCGUGUCGCACCAAGAAGGAUGGAACGACUGCUAACCAAGGGGACACUUUCACAAGCAUUCCUCCUGCUGCAUUUGAUUUGAGGCAUUCUGAAGACAACACAUUUAGUCUGAACAAUACACUUUUUAAUGCACUCCACUUUCUUUGGCCAGAAUUAUUCUAUUGUAAAAGGGAUUAUUCACGUCUUGUGUUUUACUGUUAAUAAAGACAUUUCUGUUUUAA